GGUACCGCAGACUUAUCUGUGCGUGGAACGUGGUUUUUGAUUCGCUUGUUUAUAAAUUUCUGCUUAAUAAAAGUUUGUUUAUGAAUUCGAAUUUUUAACGCUGGAAAGUUUAUCGAAUGUUAUAAAGAUAGUAUGAUAAAUUUAACAUCUCUUGACAUAAGUAACGCUAUAAAUAACCUAGAGAUAAUUAGCAAUGCUUGUGUAAUGUCAGAAUUGUAAUGUUAAGUUGCUGUAAUCAUGUCGAAUCUCAACGAUAUCCAUACUGCAGGGCUAGUAUUAGCUAGAGGUGGAAGUAAAGGAAUUCCCAAGAAAAAUAUCCGAUUGUUGUCUGGUAUUCCUCUUCUAGUUUGGGUGUUACGUCCAAUGAUAGACUGCAAAAAGUUUCAGUCUAUAUGGGUUUCAACUGAUGAUGAUGAUAUUGCUCAAAUUGCAACUUCUUGGAAUGUUCAGAUCCAUUAUCGUUCCAAAAAGGUAGCAAAAGAUACUUCUUCUUCAUUGGAAAGUGUACAAGAAUUUUUGAGCUAUCAUCCAGAAAUUGGAAUAAUAGCAUUAAUUCAAUGCACUUCUCCAUGUCUUCAUCCAUCAUUUUUAACAAUUGCAUAUGAAAUGAUGAUUAAUUUUUCAUAUGAUUCAGUAUUUUCAGUCAUGAGACAACAUAAACUACAAUGGAAAGAAGUUGAAUUUGGCAAUAGUACAUAUCCUAUUAAUUUUGAUGCUAGUCAUAGACCAAGGAGACAAGAUUGGUGUGGUGAACUAGUGGAAAGUGGUCAUUUUUAUUUUUCUUCUGUGGACUUAAUCAAAAAAGGUCUUUUUCAAGGUGGAAAAUGUGGUUAUGUAGAAAUUCCCAAAGAAAUGUGCAUAGAAAUUGAUUCAGAAUCAGACUGGAAAAUUUCAGAAUGUCAAGUCCAGUUAUAUGGUUAUAAAGGUGUAGGAAGUAAAUUAUAAAAUACAAGAAUGAUGUUAGAAUAGAUCAAAGGAAAUCAAUGGAUUCAUAAAGUAAAUCUUAGUACAGAAUAUGUUAUUUAUCUGAUAAAAGUUAAUGAUGUUAUAUUUAUUACAAUAAAAUAAAAUCAUAAAAAAAAAUCUGCUUUUAA